CGCAGCUAUUGGUCCUUAAACAUUUGGGAAAACUGAAAGUUAACGAAGGGUGGCUAUGAGCUUCAGCGCUCGGUGGCACAUUUUACUGCCCGUCUAUUACUAUUAUACUGAACACUGGGUCGAGUAAACCAGCUUGUGGUGGAAAGGUUGAGCAUUUUACGGUAAUAAGGCGGGGGUGAGCAGACGCCAUCGUACUUUAUAUUUCAGCCGGUUUCUUGACGCACUCCGCCAGAUGGAGUCCCACAAUGAGACACAAUUCCACCGAGAGGAGAUCAACAGCACAGUAUGGGAAGUACCCGAGAAGUACUUAUGCCUGAAGCAAAUCGGGACGGGGGCGUAUGGUUCUGUUUGCUCGGCAAUCAAUGAGAGGACCAAAGAGCAAGUGGCUAUCAAGAAGCUGCACCGGCCCUUCCAGUCAGAGAUCUUUGCCAAACGGGCGUAUAGGGAGCUGCGGCUGCUGAAACAUAUGAAGCAUGAAAAUGUAAUUGGACUGCUGGAUGUCUUUACUGCUGCUUCUAGGCUGGAGGACUUCCAGGACUUCUACUUGGUCAUGCCUUAUAUGUACACAGACCUGUCCAAAGUGCGAGGCCUUCUGUCUGAGGACCGGCUGCAAUUCUUGGUCUACCAGAUUCUCUGUGGACUCAAGUAUAUCCACAGUGCAGGUAUCAUUCACAGGGACCUUAAGCCAAGUAACUUGGCUGUGAAUCAGGAUUGUGAGCUGAAAAUCCUGGAUUUUGGCCUGGCACGACAUACAGAGCCUGAAAUGACAGGCUAUGUGGUGACCCGGUGGUACCGGGCCCCUGAGGUCAUUCUAAACUGGAUGCACUAUACCCAGACUGUGGAUAUCUGGUCUGUUGGCUGCAUUAUGGGAGAGAUGAUCAAUGGGAAGACUCUCUUCAAAGGGAAAGACUAUAUGGACCAACUUACCCAAAUAAUGAAGAUAACUGGUAUACCGGGGUCAGACUUUAUUAAAAAACUGGACAGUCAAGAGGCACAAAGUUAUGUGCUCUCUCUGCCCCACUACCCCCGGAAAGACUUUGCUACAGUGUUUCCCAGGGCCAGCACUAAAGCGAUUGACUUGAUGGAGAAGAUGCUAGUCUUAGAUGGGGAGGCUCGCCUAACAGCCGACGGUGCCCUGGCACAUCCCUACUUUCAUGGCUUGUGGGACCCAGAAGAUAGCCCUGAUGCACUGCCCUAUGAUGACAGCUAUGAUAAUGCCACACUGCCCCUAGAGGAGUGGAAGAGGUUAUCCUUCAAAGAGGUGAAGAGUUUUGUCCCAUUCCCUCGCAGAGACUCAAAGAGACGGAACACUCUAACCAUGUGACAGCAAUGCAACAAUGUUGACAGAUCUGAUCACUACAUAAAAAUCAACACUGAUCAUAUUUCAGUUGCGAAGAGCACAACUGUGCUGCACAAAAUCACAAAACACACAGAGACAUGGACACAGAUAUACAUCCAAAUACAAAAUAUUUUGUGUACUUUGCUGUCUACAUCUAAAGCCUCAUUUUGACUUCACUUUUCUGCGUGCGCUUUUGGGCUGGGGACAGUCAUCUGCACAGCAGCUUGUAUUCAUACUACAUUUGGCUGCAAAUAAGGAUGGUUGUGGUCGGUGCAUGCAUAGAGCAGUGAUAUUCCACCAGAUGAGCAGAGGGCAGAGGUAUUGCAACAAACACAAAUACCAACUAUGUAGUGAAACAGGUAAACUUUUAGUCAAGGCUUGGGCAGUAUUACGGUAUUAAGGCAAACUACAGUGUUUUGAAAUAUGACUAAAUUAGCCGGGACCCAACCCCCCACCUGCACUGCAAACUUUCUGGCCAAGAUUUCAAAAUACUGGAAUAGUGCUACUUUUUAAAAUAGUGUAUAUCUCGGUAUAAUACCUGGACAGUAUGAAAAAUUUGAUGUGCCUGUUCCUCCCACCCUCCUCAUAUGGCUGCUCACCAUAACUACUGCAACACCAACAACUAUUCUUCCUCUACUCUUUCAUUGUUGAUUGGUGAUCUGUGAAAGUCCAUGCUGCCACCUACUGGAAAUGCCUAAUCAAUUAUCUUGCACAUGCGUGGUUGAUGUGCAUAGAUGGGCAAGGUUUCCACUAGACAUAAAAAUGUGGGCUAUAUGUGCACCGACUUAAGUUUUCCGCAGCCAAACCUUGAUAAUGAAAUUUAUGUCAGGUCCCCUCGUCCGCAACCGAAAGCACACCCGGAAAAAUGAAGUAUGAAUUGCCCUUUGCGUGCCCUUGGCGUGAUCCAAGAACAAAUCACAAGGAAUAGGUCACAGUGAGCUUUGAUUGGAACCUGUGUGACCACAACAGAUGCCAGUCUAUAAACCAUGACUCAAGACCUUGCCAUUCCAUUUUGGUGCCUAACAGAUAUUGUUCAUUGUGUAAACGCACUUUCACUUUUGUGUUGUUUUCCUUUUUUACAAUUUUCAUUACUUUUCAGGAAUACAUUAUAAGUACAUUCAGUCUGUGAAUGGAUAAUGUAAAUGCUGUUGUUAAAAAAGUAAUUUGGAAUUACCUGUUGUUGUUUUCAUUUUGCUUGAAUUUGAUGUACAAACUCUUUUACAAAGAUGCUAUGAAUGGUAUCCUUACAUAUCACUGAAAAUUUGCCAUGGUCAUACAGUUUAGUUGAUCAAAGCAAAGGAUGUAGUGUCUACAUGGCUUUAAAAACAGGAAAACCAUCUUGAGUCAGUUAUAGUUUACUACUGAGUGUAGAUAAAUUAAGCAAUGAAACUGCAUGCAGAUACCAAGAUUUGCUGUACAGUAAAUGCAAACUUAUUUUCUAUGACUAAUAAAGAAGAUGGAAAUAGAGCAAUGGAAAAAUCAAA